AUGACUUCCGACAACUUUGAUAAGAUCAUUGCGCAGCUCAGCUUGGCUGAGAAGGUCAGCUUAUUAUCCGGUGCUGGGGCUUGUCGAACCAACUCCCUCAGUCGGCUGGAUAUUCCAAGUCUACAAACUUCUGACGGCCCGCAUGGAUUGCGCGGAGGUGGUGGGCGCUUCUUUAACCCGCCACCAGGCUACCAACUACCAUGUGCCACCGCAUUGGGUGCAACCUUCGACAUCGACCUGCUGCAUCGGGCCGGAAGCCUACUUGGUGACGAAGGCCGGCGCAAAGAAGUACACGUUGCCUUGGCCCCUACCGUAUGCAUCCAGCGAUCCCCACUGAUCGGUCGAGGGUUCGAGGCUUUUGCUGAAGAUCCAGUGCUCAGUGGGACGUUGGCUGCUAAUCUCAUCAACGGGCUUCAAGAUCGUCAGGUGGCCGCGUGCAUCAAACACUAUGCAGCGCACGACCAGUCCUCUAGAUCAACAGAAGACGAUGUGCAUAUGACACAGCGUACUCUACGAGAAAUCCAUCUCCUGCCGUUCCAGAUUGCCAUGCGGUCCAAGCCGUGGUCUUUCAUGACUGCGUAUCAACGAAUAAAUGGACUUCAUGUCAGCGAGGAUCCCUUCCUGAUUGAACAGAUCUUACGCAAAGAGUGGCAGUUUGACGGGCUGGUCAUGAGCGAUUGGUGGGGUACUUAUAGCACAUCCGAAGCCAUCAACGCAGGCCUUGACCUGGAGAUGCCCGGUCCAUCUAUCUGGAGAGGCAAACAGCUCAUUGCGGCGGUCGAAUGCCGCAAAGUCUCGACGCAGGCCGUUGACUCGGCAGUGAAGAACCUGCUGAAGCUUAUCCGCCGCACGCGCGAUUCUUGGACUCAGAAUGCUAUCGAGACGAAUGAAAACAAUGGCGACACCCCGCAAAGUCGAGAACUGACUCGGAACCUGGCUAGUGCCUCGGUUGUUCUGCUCAAAAAUGAGUCCAAUGUUCUCCCUCUUAGACCGGAUGCCAGUAUCACCUACGGUCUAAUCGGAGAGCAUUUUGAGAAUCCCGCCACCGGGGGUGGGGGAAGCUCAGAAGCAACCCCCUUCUACGUCAGUUCUCCCUUGGAUGCGUGUGUCGAAGUGAUCGGAGAGAAUUUCCGAUACGAGCCCGGCUGCUACAGUGAGUCUUUAUCACAGGGAGGGCUUUUCCUGCCUGAGUCCGAGGAGCCUGGUCUUCUUCUUCAAUGGUUCGCAGAAGACCCCUCCACGUAUCCCAUGGCCGAAUGUCUACAUACAACCACGACCCGAAAUACUAGCAUGUACUUCAGUCAGAUGAACAUUCCCGCCGUACCCGAUACCCAUUUUAUCCGGGUUCAGACAAGAUUCCACGCAUUCAAGACUUGCAAAUAUCGAUUUGCACUAAGCGUCUGUGGUAAGGCUAGACUACUAAUUGAUGGACAAGAAGUCGUCGACCUCUGGACCAGCCAUCCACUCAAGACCGACGAUACCCCAUGCUUCAACAAACUCUCCAUGGAGCGCCAUUUCGAGCUAGACAUCGUGAAGGGCCAGAAAUAUGAUAUCCAGAUCGUCAUGACCAACGAGGUCAUCCAUCCUACGGUUGGGCCUCGUUCGCCAGGCGGCGUGCGCCUCGGUGGGCAAGAGCUGCGGGAUGAAGACCAAGCGAUCAACGAUGCCGUGCGUCUCGCGCAGGAGGUCGACAUCCCUAUUUUGAUGACCGGUCUUAGCACCGACUACGAGUACGAGGCUUCUGAUCGGACAAGUCUAUUAUUGCCUGGUCGAGAGAAUGAAAUGAUCACGCGAGUCUGCGAAGCGAACUCCAAUACGGUGGUUAUUAUCCAAGCUGGAAUGCCCAUUGAGAUGCCAUGGAUCCAAAAGGUCGAUACUCUCGUCUACGCCUGGUACGGAGGGCAAGAAACGGGUCAUGGGAUUGCUGAUGUCCUCUGGGGCAAAGUCAACCCUGCCGGACGGCUCUCACUGACUUUCCCCCGGCGACUUGAAGACACUCCAGCUUUUCUGAACUUCGGAAAGGUUGAUCGACAAAUUGUUUACGGGGAGGGAGUCUUUGUCGGGUAUCGGUACUACGAGAAGCUCAAGUGCCCGCCGUUGUUCUACUUUGGAUACGGCCUGUCCUACACCCAAUUCCGCUAUUCCAACCUCAUCGUGCCCGAGAAGUUCCCCACCACUGGAGACCGAGAGAUCGAGAUCUCGGUGGACGUUGAGAACAUUGGGCAGUGUGACGGAGCCGAGGUGGUUCAAGCUUACGUUUCCGACGUGGAGUGUUCUCUGCAAAGACCCCGGAAGGAGCUCAAGGUAUUCCAAAAGAUGCAUAUUGCGACGGGCCAGAAGCUAAGGUGCCACGUCAAGCUGGAUAAGUAUGCCAUCUCUUUCUGGUCCGAGGAGUACUCGCAAUGGAGGGCCGAGGCUGGGGAGUUCGAGGUGAUCAUUGCGACAAGUGCGGAUCCCAAGGAUGAGGUGUUGCGCGGCGUGUGCUGUCUCCCGGAGACAUUUAUGUGGUCGGGAUUAUAG